GGAAAUUUCUAAGACAAAAUGAAUGGUCAGAAAAAAAGUGGAUAAGCAAAAGUUUGACUCAAAAGACUAUAGUAGCUUGAUUUCCAUUCUCUUCUUCUCUUCUGUAGUAGCUUGAUUUUCUUUGAUCCAAUCCAUGGCUUCUUCGUCCAGCAAUGAUCAAUGGAUAUACGACGUGUUCAUCAAUUUCAGGGGAGAAGACACCCGUCAAAGCUUCGUUUCUCAUCUCUAUGCUGCCCUUUCAACCGCUGGAAUCAACGCAUUCCUUGACGAUGAGAAGCUUAAAAAGGGAUUCGAACUUGGACCAGAACUGUUGCGAGGAAUUGAAGGUUCUCGUAUAUCCUUAGUUGUUCUUUCCCCAAACUAUGCUUCAUCUAGAUGGUGUCUUGAUGAACUCAUCAAAAUCAUGGAAUGUCGCAGAAAAUAUGGGCAGCUGGUAAUUCCUAUAUUUUACAACGUUGAUCCAUCGCACGUGCGACGUCAGGUGGGUGCUUUUCAUUUGACAGCAAGAGAUGCAUACGUUGGCUUGAGUUGGAAAAACGCGCUCACAAAAGUUGGAGGUUUGUCUGGUUGGGACUUGAGCAAAUUUAGGAAUGAAGGUGAUCUAGUGAAGAUAAUUGUUGAGGAUGUUUGGUCAAAACUCGACUAUACAUUCUUGUCUAUUACCGAAUUCCCAGUUGGAUUGGAAUCCCGUGUGCAAGAAGUGACUAGGCUGGUUGGGAACCAAACAAGAAUAGUUCGUAUGGUAGGGAUCUGGGGGAUGGGAGGGUCAGGUAAGACAACCACAGCCAAAGCAAUCUUCAAUCAAAUCCAUCUUAAAUUCAUGUGUAGAAGUUUCAUUGAAAACAUUAGAGAAGUUUGUGAAAGCGAUAGUACCAGAGGACUUAUUAAUUUACAAGAACAACUUCUCUCUGAUGUCCUGAAAACAAAGGAGAAGAUACAUAGCAUUUCCAUGGGGACAGCUAUGGUCGAGAAAAGACUCAAGUCGAAAAGGGCUCUCAUCAUACUUGAUGAUGUUACCACAUCUAAGCAGUUGAAAGCCUUGUGUGGAAAUCAUCAAUGGUUUGGAUCAGGAAGUGUAAUAAUUGUUACAACUAGAGAUGUGCGCCUACUUAAAUCACUUAAAGUCGAUAACGUUUAUAAAAUGGAGGAAAUGAACCAAACAGAAUGCCUGGAGCUUUUUAGUUGGCACGCUUUUGGAGAAGCAAGUCCAAGAAAAAACUUGAUUGGACUCUCAACAAAUGUAGUUGCUUAUUGUGGAGGGUUACCACUAGCUCUUGAAGUCCUUGGGUCUUACUUAAAUGAGAGGGAAGAACUAGAAUGGAAAAGUGUAUUGUCAAAACUAGAGAGAAUUCCAAAUGAUCAAGUGCAAGAGAAACUCAGAAUAAGUUAUGACGGCUUAAAGGAUGAGCUGGAAAAGGAUAUAUUUCUUGACAUAUGUUGUUUCUUUAUUGGUAAAGGCAGAGUCAAUGUUACAGAUAUACUAAAUGGUUGUGGACUUCACGCUGAUAUUGGAAUAACUAUCCUCAUAGAGCGUAGCCUCAUAAAAGUUGACAAGAACAACAAGCUUCGAAUGCAUGAUUUGGUACGAGACAUGGGAAGAGAAAUUGUUCGUGAAUGUUCGACAAAAGAUCCUGGGAAGCGUAGUCGGUUGUGGUUUCAUGAGGAUGUCCAUGAUGUUUUGACCAAAUAUAUAGGAACAGAAACAGUUGAAGGAUUGAUUUUGAAGUUGCAAAACACCGGCAGAGUUUGCUUCAGUGCUAAUGCUUUCAAGGAAAUGAGAAAACUGAGACUCUUACAACUUGAUUGUGUUGACCUCACUGGAGACUUCGGGCAUUUGUCCCAUGAACUGAAAUGGGUCUAUUGGAAAGGAUUUACUUCCACAUAUCUGCCCAAUCACUUUUAUCAGGGAAAUCUAGUUGUUCUAGAAUUAAAGUACAGCAGUAUUAAAAGAGUUUGGAAGGAAACCAAGUUACUUGUGAAGCUAAAAAUUCUCAAUCUCAGUCAUUCAAAGUACUUGGUAAACACCCCUGAUUUUUCAAAACUACCGAAUCUAGAAAAGCUCAUUCUAAAGGAUUGUCCAAGUUUGUUCGAGCUACACCAUUCCAUCGGAGAUCUCAGGAACCUUCUUCUAAUAAAUUUGGAGGACUGUACAAACCUUAACAAUCUCCCAGGGAAGACCUAUCAGUUAAAGUCAGUGAAAACUCUCAUCCUUUCAGGUUGUUCAAAAAUUGACAAGUUGGAAGAAGAUAUAGUGCAGAUGGAAUCCUUGACAACACUCAUUGCAAAAGAUACGGCUAUAAAGGAAGUGCCCUAUUCAAUACUUGGAUUGAAAAACAUAGGGUACAUAUCUCUAUGUGGAUAUGAAGGAUUAUCACGUGAUGUUUUUCCUUCUCUCUUUCGGUCUUGGAUUUCACCAACAAUGAAUCCCCUAUCCCGUAUUCCCCUAUUUGCGGGCAUGUCAUUGCCUCUAGUUUCUAUGGAUAUACAGAAUUAUAGUUCAGGCAAUUUAUCUUCAUGGCUUGGCAGCCUAUCAAAACUUAGAAGUGUUUGGAUACAAUGUCACUCAGAGAUUCAACUAACUCAAGAGUCAAGAAGAAUUCUUGAUGAUCAAUAUGAUGUAAAUUCUAUGGACUUGGAAGCAUCAUCAUCAUCAUCAUCAUAUGCAUCACAAAUCUCAGAUUUUUCCUUGAAAUCACUUUUGAUUAGAUUGGGAAGUUGCCACACAGUCCUUGAUACUCUUGCCAACAACAUAUCACAGGGACUGACAACCAACGAUUCUAGUAAUUUUUUCCUUCCGGGUGGUAAUUAUCCUUCUUGGUUAGCCUAUAAAGGUGAAGGACCUUCAGUGCAUUUUCAAGUUCCUGAGGAUUGUGAUUGUUGCUUGAAGGGAAUAGUUUUAUGUGUUGUUUAUUCAUCAACACCUGAAAAUAUAGCGACUGAAUGUCUUACAAGUGUCAUGAUAAAUAAUCGCACAAAAUUCACCAUUCAAAUCUACAAGCAAGAUACUGUAAUGUCCUUUAAUGAUGAAGAUUGGGAGAGUGUAAAAUCAAAUCUUGAUCCUGGUGACAAUAUGGAGAUUGUUGUUUCUUUUGGGCGUGGAUUGACUGUUAAGGAGACAGCUGUGUAUCUAAUAAAUGCUCAGUCAAUUACUAUGGAAAUUGAGCCAUCACCAGAAGUGAACAUGCAGCCAUCACCUAGCAUGAAAAUGGAGCCAUCACCAAAGCCAACAAAACAUAUCUUUACAAGACUUGCAAAGAGAAUCAGAAAAUGUUCAUGUUUGAACCAGCUUCCAAUUUUUCAUUCAUCAAAAUCCAUGGCUUAUUGGUCUGAUGAAGAAAACAAACCAAAAUGCAUCUACGACGUGUUCAUCAAUUUCAGGGGAGAAGACACACGCAGAAACUUGGUUUCUCACCUCUAUGCUUCCCUCUCCAAUGCAGGAGCCUACACUUUCCUUGACAAUGAGACCUUCCCCAAGGGAAUGGAACUUGGUCCUGAACUCUUGCGAGCAAUUGAAGCUUCUCGUGUAUCCAUCGUCGUUUUCUCGGAGAACUACACUGAUUCUAAUUGGUGUCUCAUCGAGCUUUGCAAGAUCAUGGAAUGCCAUAGAGAUCAUGAUCAGGUGGUUCUUCCCAUAUUCUAUGGCAUUGAUCCAUCAGUUGUGCGCCAUCAGAAAGGUGCUUUCGGCAAAGCGUUGCAAGCAAGUGCUGUAAAAAUUCGCACCGGAGAAGAUAUGAGCAAGUUGCUGUCGAGUUGGAGGAGUGCGCUAACAGAUGCUGCGAAUUUGUCUGGUUGGGAUGUCACCGAUUUCAGGAGUGAAUCUGAACUAGUGAAGAAGAUAGUAGAGAACGUUUUGACAAAAUUAGAUGUCACACUCUUGUCUAUUACUGAUUUUCCGGUUGGAUUAGAAUCACGCGUGCAAGAAGUGAUUGAGUAUAUUGAAAGUCAAUCAAGCAAAGUUUGUAUGGUAGGGAUUUGGGGAAUGGGAGGGUUGGGUAAAACAACCACAGCCAAAGCCAUCUACAACCAGAUUCAUCGAAGAUUUGAGGAUAGAAGUUUCAUUGAAAAUAUUAGAAAAGUUUGUGAAAAUAAUAGCAGAGGGCAUAUGCAUUUGCAAGAACAAUUUCUUUCUGAUGUCGUCAAGACAAAGGUGAAGAAGAUUCGUAGCAUUUCCACAGGGACAACUAUGAUUAAGAAAAGACUAUCUGGAAGAAGGGCACUGGUUGUACUUGAUGAUGUGACCACAUUUGAGCAAUUAAAAGCCCUGUGUGGAAAUCGUAAAUGGUUUGGACAAGGAAGUGUUAUAAUUGUUACAACCAGAGAUGUACGGGUACUUAGUUUACUUAAAGUCGACUAUGUUUAUAAAAUGGAGGAAAUGGAUGAAGAUGAGUCCCUUGAGCUUUUCAGUUGGCAUGCUUUUGGAGAAGCAAGUCCGAGAGAAGACUUGAUUGAACUCUCGAGAAAUGUAGUUGCUUACUGUGGAGGGUUGCCACUAGCUCUGGAAGUCCUUGGAUCUUACUUAUAUGAGAGGACAGAACAAGAAUGGAAAAGUGUACUGUUAAAAUUGAAGAGAAUUCCCAAUGAUCAAGUGCAAGAAAAACUGAGAAUAAGCUAUGAUGGUUUAAAGGAUGAUAUGGAAAGGGAUAUAUUUCUUGACAUAUGUUGUUUCUUCAUUGGAAAGAACAGAGCCGAUGCUGCAGAUAUACUAAAUGGCUGUGGACUUUAUGCUGAUAUUGGAAUAACUGUUCUCAUAGAGCGGAGCCUCGUCAAAGUUGGAAAGAAUAACAAGAUUCAAAUGCAUGAUUUGCUACGAGACAUGGGUAGAGAAAUAGUUCGUGGAAGUUCAGCAAAAGAUCCUGGGAAGCGUAGUCGAUUGUGGUUUCAUGAGGAUGUCCAUGAUGUUUUGACCAAAAAUACUGGAACAGAAACUAUUGAGGGAUUGGUUUUGAAGUUGCAAAAAACCGGCAGAGUUUGCUUCAGUGCUAAUGCUUUCAAGGAAAUGAGAAAACUGAGACUUUUACAACUUGAUUGUGUUGACCUCUCUGGAGACUAUGGGCAUCUUUCCCAAGAACUGAGAUGGGUCUAUUGGCAAGGAUUUACUUUGAAAUAUAUACCUGAUGACUUAUAUCAGGGAAAUCUAGUUGUUAUAGACUUAAAGUACAGUAGUAUUAAACAAGUUUGGAAGGAAACCAAGCUGCUGGAGAAGCUAAAAAUUCUCAAUCUCAGUCAUUCCAGGUACUUGGAAAACACCCCAGAUUUUUCGAAACUACCGAAUCUAGAAAAGCUCAUUCUAAAGGAUUGUCCAAAUUUGUCCGAGCUACACCAGUCCAUCGGAGAUCUCACUAAUCUUCUUCUUAUAAAUUUGAAGGACUGUACAAGCCUUAGAAAUCUCCCAAGGAAGAUCUAUCAGUUGAAAUCUUUGACAACUCUCAUCCUUUCAGGUUGUUCAAAAAUUGAUAAGUUGGAAGAAGAUAUAGUGCAGAUGGAAUCCUUGACAACACUUAUUGCAAAAGAUACAGCUAUAAAGGAAGUUCCCUAUUCAAUACUAAGAUUGAAAAGCAUAGGAUAUAUAUCCUUAUGUGGAUAUGAAGGAUUAACACGUGAUGUUUUUCCUUCUCUCAUUCGGUCUUGGAUGUCACCCACAAUGAAUCCCCUAUCCCGCAUUCCCCAAUUUGGGGGCAUGUCAUUGGCUCUAGUUUCUAAUUCGGGCAAUGUAUCAUCGUGGCUUAGCAGCCUGUCCAAACUAAGAAGUGUUUGGAUACAAUGUCACUCGGAGAUUCAAGUAACUCAAGAGUCAAGAAGAAUUAUUGAUGAUCAAUAUGAUGCAAAGUGUACUGAAUUGGAAACAACAUCAUCAUAUGCAGCACAUAUCUCAAGUGUUUCCUUGAGAUCACUUUUGAUUAGAUUGGGAAGUUGCGACACAGUCAUUGAUACUCUUGGCAAGAGCAUAUCACAGGGAUUGACAACCAAUGAUUCUAGUAAUUUUUUCCUUCCGUGUGAUAAUUAUCCUUCUUGGUUAGCCUAUAAAGGUGAAGGACCUUCAGUAAAUUUUCAAGUUCCUGAGGAUCGUGAUUGUUGCUUGAAGGGAAUAGUUUUAUGUGCUGUUUAUUCACCAACACCUGGAAAUAUGGCAACUGAAUGUCUUACUAGUGUCCUGGUCAUUAAUUACACAAAAUUCACCAUUCAGGUCUACAAGCAAGAUACUGUGAUAUCCUUUAAUGAUGAAGAUUGGGAGAGUGUAAUAUCAAAUCUAGAUCCUGGUGACAAUAUGGAGAUUGUUGUUGCUUAUGGGUGUGGAUUGACUGUUAAGGAGACAGCUGUGUAUCUAAUAUAUGGUCCGUCAAUUACUAUGAAAGUUGAGCCAUCAAUUACUAUGCAAGUUGAACUUGAGCUGUCAGUUAAUGUGAAAAUGGAGGCAUCACCUGAAGUGAACUUGCUUCCAUCACUUGAUGUGAAAAUGGAGUCAUCACCUGAAGUAAACAUGCAGCCAUCACCUAGAGUGAACAUGCUUCCUUCACCUAACAUGAAAAUGGAUCCAUCAACUGAAAUGAACAUGCAGCCGUCACCUAAUGUGAAAUUGAAAUCAUCACCUAACAGGAAAAUGGAGCCUUCACCAAAACCAAAUAAAAAUUUCUUGACAAGACUUGCAAAGAGAAUGGGAGAAUGUUCAUGCUUGAACCAAACUUGAGCUUUCAACAAUUUUUGAUUGGUUAUGCCUUUGUCAUAAUCUGAGAUUCCCUUGUUAUAUGUGUUUCGGAACAUUUUCUAGGAAGGAUGAUGUACCGAGCUAUGUUCCGUAGGCCAGAUUUGUCUCUUCCUCCGAGCAUUCCUUCUACCAGAAAAUGUUAACAGAGAACCUCAAAGCUUGCAGAAACUGCUACAUUUCCCACUGAACCAUCAGUUACAGCAUAAACUGUGCUAGAAAAGUAUCCUAAAUGAACAGGCCAGGUGGUAGCCUCUCAGCAAUGAAUCCCCUUCUUGGUUUUGUCAGGCCUUCUAUAUUUGUCCUCAUUGAGGUUGUUCUAGCAAUGUUUUCUUUUCCAUCUAUGGAAGAGCUACACGAGGGCCUUCUCUCAGAAUACUUCUCAAUUGUGGUCUUUUAGAAGGAUUCUGUGUGUUUUACCAAUGUCACUUGAAUUUUGAGCUGAAACAGCACCAAGUUAUCUUCUAGCUUGGUUUGGUCUGAUUUUUCGUCCUUUGCUAUCUGGUUCUCAAGGUCCCGAACCUUUUUCACGAGAUGAUCAGGUGUUCACGUAUGAAGUUAGAUUAGCCUCUUUUGGUGAGUGUUCUUAACAUGUGCUUUGUUGUAGGUGGCACUAACGCCGCAAAUAGAUUCACUCUUACGUUCAUGAAAAAGAUUUUGAAGAUGAGGUUGAGCUUGAUAUUAUCUUGGUCGAUGUCUACUCCAAAUGUGGAUUGGCAAUCAAAGGAUAUUCAUUCCUGUUGAGCCCAGAAAUAUAUGCACUAAUGACAAGGAAAGCAUGAAGCCUACAAGAGAAGUCACUUAAGCUGUAAUAGGAAUAUGAUAAAUUAUGUUUACAUGUUUAGUUCUUACAACCAUUUGUGAGUCUUGACCUAGUUUCUGCCUCAUUAGGAAGAUAUCAUAGUUUUCUUCUUUUCAUCUUUUAUCUGAGUUUAUCAGCAAAGAUUAGUGGCGGAGACAGACUUUCCGGUUGAGGGUGGCCACAAAAAAAAAAAAAAAGCGUACAAUUUUUUUUAAGUUGAUUUUUUUUUAAAGUUACAUACUUUUAUAUUCUGAAAAAGAUGAUGUUUUAAUUUUGCGUUAAA